AUGUCUAGUUUCGAAAUCAUUGAAAUAUUAAUUUCUCAUGGUGCCAAAAUUUAUGAAUUAAAUAAAAAAGGUCAGACUCCUCUUGAUAUUGCAUUUAUGCGUGAAAAAGCGAAACAUGCAGAAUAUAUUGAACUCCGUGAUGCUGGGGAUGAUAAUCAUUUACAAUUCCUUGACUGGCAAGAUGCAAACAAAAUAGUGAAUCUAUUAAUGUCAAAAGGUGCAAAAACUAAUUCUGAUGGUGAACUCUAG